UGCUCACUGAGCAUUACUACCUUGAUGACCACCACGUUGCAGAGUUCUUGGACGAUAUUGAAGCAAAUCGAAUAGGCCAGUCGGUCUCUUUCAGGCUGUUCUGCUCCGAGUAAGGGGUGAGCCUUUUUGGUCAGGUAGAAUUUCUAAGCAAGUUUUCCGGUCUCUGGUCGUCUGGGACCUGACGUGAAACCUCAAAAUGACAGACUUUUUGCAGUGGGAAAUAAUCAAGAAUCACCAUGCCUACCUUGUCAAGCGCCCGAACGUCAGGCCAUUGAGCAAGGAACUCUUCAAUGUCCGAAACAUCCAUGGAAUGAAGGCGAAUGGCUUGAUUCAUCGCAGAGCUAUAAGCAUUCAGCCAGCUAAUGACAACAAGGGAGUUAUUGUCACAAAGAAGAACCCGAAGAGAUUGAGGCAGCCAGCUUCACAAAACUACAGCGUUGUCAUGAAGGCUGGUCCAAGGCGUCUUCUCUGGAAACUGGCACGGAUGUUCAAGUAUCAGAACUAUCGAAGGGACUUGAAAAAGGCAACCCUGAGAAGGGCCAGUGCUAUCCUGAAAAGCCAGAGGACGAAGAUUGCAAAAAAGAGAACUGUGAAGCGAGGCAUGUCCAGCAAAAAGAAACUGAAGAUGUAAGAUAGAGAAUAAAAGCUAUUGGCUUGUGUCGAA